GUUUUUUUCUCCUUGCGCCUGCGCAGUGCGUCUCAGUUCUUCGGAGUGUCGGUGGGCGCAAUGGACGACGAGGAGGAGACGUACCGGCUGUGGAAGAUCCGGAAGACCAUCAUGCAGCUCUGUCACGAUCGAGGCUACCUGGUGACCCAGGAUGAGUUGGACCAGACGCUGGAGGAGUUCAAGGCCCAGUUUGGUGACAAGCCCAGCGAAGGGCGACCCCGGCGGACAGACCUCACCGUGUUGGUGGCCCACAAUGAUGACCCUACCGAUCAGCUGUUUGUCUUUUUCCCAGAGGAACCGAAGGUUGGCAUUAAGACCAUCAAGAUGUACUGCCAGCGGAUGCAGGAGGAGAACAUCACCCGGGCUCUCAUCGUGGUCCAGCAGGGGAUGACUCCAUCGGCCAAGCAGUCUCUGGUGGACAUGGCCCCCAAGUACAUCCUUGAACAAUUCCUGCAGCAGGAGCUGCUGAUCAACAUCACGGAGCACGAGCUGGUUCCAGAACACGUCGUCAUGACCAAAGAAGAAGUGACAGAACUACUGGCCAGAUACAAGCUCCGGGAGAACCAGCUGCCCAGGAUACAGGCCGGGGACCCCGUGGCUCGCUACUUUGGAAUCAAACGCGGCCAGGUGGUGAAGAUCAUUCGUCCCAGUGAGACGGCUGGCCGGUACAUCACCUAUAGGCUGGUGCAAUAGCCAGAAAGGCGUAUUUUGCAAGUGGGGCUUUCCUCAGGGAGGAAGUCUUCCCAAAUGUCUGCGUGGUGCUCUCAACUACUCAAGCUUCUAGACCUCAUGAUCCAAGUGGAACUGAUUGUGAAAGGAACAGCGGCGCAAGAAUCACCCUCCUGAUUCCCACCCACCCAACGGAACUGCGCUGGGUCUAUUCCACUUACACCAUCGGGCAGCCUGGAAGUGUUUUUUGGCUGUGCUUCUGAAACUUGAUCUGAUUGAACUCUGUGUGACUUUUCUCCAAGUCUGGAUGGAGGAUAUUUUCAGAGUCUUCGCGUGGCAGUGCUCUUUUGCUGAGAUUUAUAUAGGCCUUUCCAGUGUGCUUGGAAUAAAAUAGUUGAAAAAGGUUUUUCUGGACUCCUAAAAAUGCCCUGAUUCCCUUCUCUGCCAUAUUCAUCAAUGCCAGGUUGUUGCUGGCAAAACUUGCCUCAGCGAGGUUUGCUAAUGAGCACCAUCAGUGGUCUGUCCUAAUUAAGUUUUAAUAAAAUGUUAGAACUAUU